AUGUCGUCAGAGGUUGAGAAGGCUCAAACGGCGGCCCCCGCUGGGGGUGAUACCAUAUUUGGAAAGAUUGCCCGCAAGGAAAUCCCUGCGAAGAUCGUUUACGAGGAUGACCAAUGCAUGGCAUUUGAUGAUGUGUCACCUCAAGCCCCUGUGCACUUCCUGGUAAUACCCAAAAAGCCAAUAGAAAUGCUUGGUUCGGCCAAAAAAGAGGACGAAUCGCUUCUCGGGCAUUUGCUCUUCGUAGCAAAGACUGUUGCGGACCAAAAGGGCCUGAAAAAUGGGUACCGAGUGGUCGUGAACAAUGGCAAAGAAGGCUGUCAGUCUGUAUAUCAUUUACAUCUGCACGUCAUAGGUGGUCGACAGUUGGGUUGGCCGCCAGGCUGA